ACCUUCUCUCUCCCUAGACAUUCUUUUUAAAUAUAGUUCCUUCGCCUCUCCGACUCUUGUCUGUUACGCAAAUUAACUCGAGAUGGGUCCUCUUCAGGGACCUGGGUUCUUCUUAAUCUCAAUCCUUCUAUUUGUUAGUUGCAUCAAAAUCAUCGGCGGAAGCACUUCCUCCGACCUCUUUUACACGUACUUCGAUGGCGGAGCCUAUAUUAGUUCUGAGGAUUCGUUCCUCAAGAACAGAAGUUCAUAUCGGCGUUCACACAUGCCGUCAACGUCGCCAUCGUUGGAGGAGGAGGACUGUGGGGUUUGGGUCACGAAGUAUUCGGAGGAGAUCCUGGAGCUGGCGAAACGGCCGGAGACGGUGGAGUGGCUUAAGGGGUUGAGGAGGAGGAUACAUGAAAACCCAGAGUUAGCUUUCCAGGAGUACGAGACGAGUCGACUGGUUCGGAACGAGUUGGACCAGUUACAAAUCAGUUACCGCUUUCCAUUGGCGGGGACCGGCAUCCGAGCUUCCGUUGGAACCGGUGGUCCUCCCUUCAUUGCACUCAGGGCCGACAUGGAUGCUCUGCCUAUUCAGGAAGCAGUGGAAUGGGAACACAGAAGCAAAGUCCCAGGCAAAAUGCACGCUUGUGGACACGACGCACACACGGCCAUGCUUCUUGGUGCGGCCAAGAUAUUGAAGAGCCGUGAAAACAAUCUCAAGGGAACUGUGAUACUUAUCUUUCAACCAGCAGAGGAAGCUGGUAACGGUGCCAAGAGGAUGAUGCAAGACGGAGCUCUGGAGGAUGUAGAAGCCAUUUUUGCUAUUCAUGUAUCACAUGAGCGUCCUACUGGAACUAUUGGCUCAAGGCCUGGUCCUUUACUUGCUGGCUGUGGCUUCUUCAGAGCCGUAAUAAGUGGGAGAAAAGGCGAUGCUGGGAGUCCUCACCUCUCUGUGGACCCUGUUUUGGCUGCCUCAGCUGCAGUGAUAAGCUUGCAAAACCUUGUGUCUCGUGAAGCAAAUCCUCUGGACUCGCAGGUAGUAUCAGUGGCUUCAUUUAAUGGAGGUGAUAAUCUUGACCAGAUUCCCCAAUCAGUUACUAUUGCUGGUACAUUCAGAGCUUUUUCUAAUGCAAGCUUCUACGGGCUCCUGAAAAGAGUAGAGGAGGUUAUCGUAGAACAGGCUAGCGUCUACAGAUGUUCGGCCACUGUUGAUUUUUUCAAGAAGGAAACACAGAUAUACCCUCCAACAGUGAAUGAUGAGUACAUGUAUGAACAUGUGAAGAAGGUGGCCAUUGAUUUGGUGGGUGCCAAGAAUUUCAUUGUGGUACCACCAAUGAUGGGUGCAGAGGACUUCUCCUUCUACUCAGAGAUGGUCCCAGCAGCCUUCUUUUACAUUGGUGUGAGGAAUGAGACAUUGGGUUCGACACACUCUGGCCACUCUCCUUAUUUCAUGAUUGAUGAAGAGGUUCUCCCCAUUGGAGCUGCAGCUCAUGUUGCAAUUGCUGAAAGAUAUCUCAACGAGAAUGGGUGAGACUGAUAGUUGUUGUUCGAUACUUCUGUUGGCAGGACAGACCGGAGAAUAGGAGAACUACAUCAUCAUUCAGAAAGUUCAUUAUCCUACCAGGUGUUUUUUUUUUUUUUUUUUUUGAAGCUUGUCCUCUGUAAGUUGUGACUGAGGAUUUUGUGAGUAAAUAUUUUCCCCUGUAAUGUGUUGAGGAUAAGUUGAAGGUCUCCUACUUGCUAAAGAAUCCUCUGUCAUGAGGAAGUUAAUAUAAGUCGGCAUUUGUGCU